CACGUCGGCGCAAGAAGCUCUAAAUCUAAUAAAAUGAAAUACAAUUUGCUGCUGCCACCGAUGUUGCUGCUGAUGCUCGAUUUGGCUAUCGGGGAUAAUUGUGACAUGCAGCAACAUUGCCCGUCAGGCACCACCCAUGUGGUCUGCCUAAACAAAAAGACAUUUGGCAAAGAAUGCGGAGUUAUGACACAUGAAAUCAUACCAGUGAAUGGUGCUCUGAGGCAGAACCUGCUCCAGCAUGUGAAUAUGAUGCGCAAUAUGAUGGCCAGCGGGCUGUUUAACCUGAAGGCGGCAGCCCGUAUGCCUAUCCUGUCCUGGGAUAGUUAUCUGGAAAAUACAACGCAUAUGUUGGCGUAUCACUGCACGCAUUCCAAGUUAUGUUCGAAUUCGGAUACGUAUAACUUUGUCUCGACGGUACUGUUUUCGGGCACCAUAAAACGGUCGGCUAAGUUAUCCAAAGAAAUUACUCGUGUUUUUCUGGCCUUAUGGUUUAAUGACCUGCUGGGUUGUACCAUGAAUGCCAAUAACGUAAUUGUACCAAUGUUCGAGGGUUCCUGCGUGGGCCACUAUAUACCUUUGAUACAGGAUUAUGGCGAUCGCAUUGGCUGUGCGAUACGCUUGUCAAAGGAUGAAAAAAAUAAGAAAACAGCCCUGGCAAAUCUCAUCUGCAAUCUAUCUCGCGCCAAUGUGAAUGGUAUGCCGCACUAUGAGGUCGACGAGGUGCCCGGAAGUCGUUGCACCGCUGGAAGGGAUCGCAUAUACCAAUUUUUGUGCAGUGCGGAAGAGGUGGUCGAUUAUAAUUUUGUGCCGCCGCCGCCACCGCCUGCAGUAGCCGCACCAUGUCAGAAAACAAAUUAUCUGGAGGAUGAGAAAACUUAUCCGCUGGAAAUGUUGGCUGCAGAAAAAAAAUUGAAAGAGCUAAGGGAAAAGGAAUAUGUAGAAGAAGAGCCAAAGGAACCGAAAAAUGAAGAAGAAAAAAAAGAGGAAGCUGGAGCUAUGGAGGAAGUUAAAGAGACUGAGAAAAAGGAAGAAGCUUAACAAAACACGAAUGUGGGUGAAAAAUAGGUGGGAAUAUGUGGAAGAAAUGAAAGAACUUGGGAAAUAGGAAGAAGUAAAGCGAAAGGAGAAAGAAGGAAUGUUGUGGGCAUAUGGAAGAAUAUAGAAAAAGAAUUGGAAAAUAAAAAAGUUUAACAAAAUCAGAAGUAAUAUGAAUAAUUGG